AUGGUGGUGCGGAGGUCGCCGGCGCCGCGGCGCCGGGGGGUCACGGUCGGCCCGGCCAAGCUCGAGGGCCUACCAGCCACCUGGUCCGCGCCCGCCGUCGCCGCCGUCAAGGUCAAGUGGCCGGGCGCCGGCGGCGCGCUCUCGCAGAUGCUCACGGGCCGGCGCGGCGGCCGCGGGGUCACCGCCGUCGUGCCCGUCGCCGCCGAUGGCGCCGUGCGCUGGGACGCCGCAGCGGACGCCAACCGGUUCCGGGUCGACGUCGUCGACACCGGCGCCACCCCGCGCGCCGGCGCUCCCGGCGCCGCAGGCGGCAGGCACGACCGCGGCGUCUUCUUCUCCGUCCUAUACGGAUUCCAAGAUCGGGGGAGGGGCAAUGACAGCCCUGUGAGGCUGGAGGAGAUCGGGACAGCCAUGAUAAGCCUGGAGGAGUGCUGCUGGGAGAUGCAACUGCAGCAGCAGAAAGGUGGAGCUGCGCCUCCACAGCAGCUGGUGGUUGUCCCCAUCAGGGUGCGGAAGGACGGAUGGGCAAGUGAUGCUAUACUUUAUGUUAACGUGGAGCUCGUGGACCUAAACACGCCGGCGGCCGAAAUCGAAAGAAGCGCCUCCUUCAGUUGUAGGGAGAAGCCCAGAGCGAACCUGCCGCCACCCGCGAUGAGGGACAUCUACAAGAGCUCGACGUACCAUGAGGUCCUCGACCUCAAGCAGCUGCUCGACCUCGCCGACAAGCAAGGCAGGGUGGCUGUGUACAGGAACAAGCGUAACUCCGACAGCAGCAGCAGCGUGAGCAGCACCGGCCUGAGCAGCAGCAGCAGCGCCGUCAGCCUGAGCAGCGGCAGCACGAGCACCAGCGGCGGGGCCAGCCCGGAGCCCGGCUCCACGUCCAAGCGCCGGUACCUGCCGUGGAGGAGGCGGAGCAGGGAGUCGCUGUCCCAGGAGAUUCCCCUCAAGUGCUUGGUGAGCGAUGACGGCGAUGGGUGGGAGGCGCGCGAGUUCACGAGCCGGGACGCGGAGACGAGCCUCCGGACGCCGGUGUUCUUCGCGUCCAUCGACCAGCGCGACGACAGCGCCGGCGGGGAGAGCGCGUGCACGGCGCUGGUGGCCGUGCUCGCGGCGGCGCUGCACGCCAACCACCCGGCGAUGCCCACCCGGGCGGAGCUGGACGCGCUCAUCAGGGACGGCUCGUCGGAGUGGAGGAGCCUCUGCGGCGACGAGGCACACAUGGCGCGGUUCCCGAACCGGCACUUCGACCUCGACACGGUGCUGGCCGCCAGGACCAGGCCCAUCGCCGUGCGGCACGACAGGGCCUUCGUCGGCUUCUUCCAGCCGGAGAGCUUCGCGUCGCUCUCGGGCGCCAUGUCCUUCGACGACAUCUGGCGCGAGAUCAGCACGGCCAGCCGCGCCCCGGGCGAGGCCGACGUGUACAUCGUCGGCUGGAACGACCACUUCUUCGUGCUCAAGGCCGAGAGCGACUGCUACUACGUCGUCGACACGCUCGGCGAGAGGCUCUUCGAGGGGUGCGACAAGGCCUACAUGCUCAGGUUCGACGCCACCUCGGAGAUGCGCUCCGUGCCGUCGUCGCUGUUGGAGCCGGAGGAGGUGACCGUCACCGGGAAGGAGUGCUGCGGGGAGUUCAUCAAGAGGUUCUUGGCCGCCAUCCCGCUGAGGGAGGAGCUGGAGAUCGAGCAGAGGGGCUGCCUGGCCGCAGGCGCGCCGCACCAGCGGCUGCAGAUAGAGUUCCACUUCACCGUCCUGGAAUAAGGCCGAGGGAGAUGAUCAUGUCUGCACUAACAUAAUCAAUGUACAUUUCUAUACAGGGUUGUGAGAGAAACAGGAAUGAGAACAUUAUUAUAGUACAACAAGUUACUGCAUUUUUGGAUGGAUAGGAAGUGUAAUAGGCACCGAGAAUUACAGAAUAAUUUCUAGUGUAAUAGGCACUAGGAGUUUCAGAAUAUAUACAUAAGGAGUUCUUGUA